AACUGGAAUUAGUGCCUGUGCGGACAGACCAUCAUGUGGCUGCUGACUGAAUCCUGAAAGCUGCGACCGACCGUCCGUCUGUCUCACCGGAGAUCCGGGCUCCAUGUCAACAUGCCAACCUUUUCAGUCAUGUACAAAGGAGCUGUGAUCAUUAGCAGGACACUAAUGGGUCCAUACGGAGUAGACCGAGCUGUUCAUUCCAUGGAGUUUACGGACUGUGAGAAUGGCCUAGGAAUUAAAGUGAUAGGUGGAGUGAAGGAGCUAACUGGAGAGGAGUUUGGAGUCUAUGUCAAACGGAUUUUACCAGGUGGCCUUGCUUCAACCGAUGGAAACCUGAUGCCAGGGGACCAGAUCUUGGAAGUGAAUGGGGACAGUCUCGUAGGCGUCACAAGUGAAAGAGCUGUGGAUAUCUUGAGAGCAGCCUCUGCAACCAAUCACAUGCGCCUUCUCGUAGCCAGAGAUGAGGAAGCAAAGAGAGAAUUUGCUGAGCUGCUUGAGAAAUAUGGAUCAAAUGGUAGCACCGGAUCAACACGGAACUCUCCCAUCCAGCAAGGAGGUCGCUAUCUGGAUAGCACAUCAUCUGGUUCCUCAUCACGUUCCCAGAGUCCUUUGUUGUUAAGCCCAGCAGGGUCCCAGAGCAUGUACAACAACAGUGGGCCCAUGCUCCGCUCCCUCAGUCACCCAGGUGAAGGGGUGAUUCAACUUAUUUCAGUAGCACGAUCCGGCAGUUUAGGCAUCACCAUUGGAGGGGGCUCCAACAGGCCCGACGGCCCGGCAGUCUUCAUCCAGGAGGUGCUGUCAGGAGGAGACUGUCACCGGGAUGGACGGCUGAGACCAGGAGAUCAGCUCAUUGCCAUUAACAAGGAGUCUUUGAUUGGAGUGACACAUGAGGAGGCCAAAAGCAUGUUGAACAAAGUGAAAUUCAGUCAAGACAUCACAGUGGACGUCGCCUUCAUCCCAGGGAAAGGACUUUUUCCAAGCAGCACGUCUCUUCACAAUGGAGUCCAGCGAGCAUCAGGCAACAGCUUUAGCUCUGGGCGCUUAAAAGUCCACAUCAGAUCACCCGAGAUCUGUGCAGAGGAGCCUGCCCCGGUGUCCUCACCUUCUCCUGACAUCUGCCCUCCAGAUAUUAACGUUUCAGGUUCAACCAGCCAGAGGUCCCCAACAGGAGCAAAACCCAAGAUAACCCUGGACCCUUUCAUUCGCCUCAAAUCAGACAAGUUAGACUUGGCCUUGUCCUUCCUUGGGUUGGAUGUCACAGAGGAGAAGAGAAGGAAGUUGAGACAAAGUCUGAUCACAGACCCACAAGGCACUGUGGCCUAUGGAGACUUUGUGGAAGCAACCCGGAGCACCUUUCAGGAGAACCUGGAGGAGCUGGGUUUGGGGGAAGGUCCCUUCACAUUUUCCUACCAUGAAGCAGCCAGUCUGAUGGACACAUCAGCCUUCCACUCACCUACAUAUGAAUCAGAGUGCAGCUGCAGCAGUGAGGAGAUGGAGCAGUUUCAGACUGAGGUGAAGCAGCUGCAGACCCAGAUGAAGCAUCUGAAGGUGAUGCUGAAGGACAUGGAACACAGCAAGAAAACCCUUGAGGAGGAGUUGCAGAAGACCUCAGAGAAAGCCUGUCUGACUGUGGAGGAAAACACUCGCCUGAAGAGUCGUCUGCAGGCGGCCGAGGCUGAGGCGGUGCACCAGCAGCCCAGCAGUGCUGAGCAGGACUAUGAAGAGGUCAUCCAGCUGCUGGAGGCUGAGAUCAGGGACCUGAAGAACCAGCUGGCCUACAAAAAGCAAACAAGAGGAGCAGAGUCCAAGCAGGAGGAUGUGGGCGAGCUGAAAAGGAGGCUGACAACUAUCGACGGCCAGCUGAGGAAAUCAGAGCUGAGCAGGAAACAUCUGGAGAUCUCCAACAAGAAAUUACUAGGCUUUGCUCAGAACGUGCACAAAGUGCUGACCACGCCCAGCCUGUUUGGAGAAGGGGGCAGCAGCAGGUCAUCUCCUGCCACAGAAAGCCCCGACACCCCAUCGCCAAUUCCUGAUCCUGCCUUCCAACUGGCUGUGGAGGCCAAAGAGCUGGUGGAGGGAGUUUGUACUCUCACGAUCGAUAAAGAGUCUGUGAGCACAGACGCAGCAUCAGCCCCAGACGUCAGUCCUCAUCAUGUGUGAGCAACAGCGAGUCAGAGAGGACUGAGUUAGGACGUGGGCCGGGCAGAAGAGGCUGAACGAGCAGCUGAACCUGCGAUGCACUUCACCACAGUCAACAGCAAAACAGCACUAUUCAAAACGGCUUCAGAAAAGAACGACACGGCUUCAUCAAACCCUCACAGGGACCACGUUUUAAUGCCAAAGCUUGUUCAUGCACAUCGAAUUAGUGUGUUCCCCUGAAAUACUCCACUGUCUCCCAGCAGGGUGCAGCAGUGGGUAUGCUACAGCCACAACCUAAGGACUCGCAUCCUUUCAACAACAAAUCACAUGUACAGACGUCUCUAUGAGAAGUGCUCUGCCAAAUGUCUGCUGGAAUCCUCUUACAGCAGGUGGUACAGGAGGAGCUGCAUGACCAAGUCCUCCACACACCCCCACGCUGUUGCUGCUGUAAACCUUGUUAAUACUCGUCCCUGACCUCUUUUCUAACCCAACACAAACGUGCUCAUCUUCACUCCAUGGACUGUGUGGAAGGAGGACUGAUGUGUACAAAGAGUGUUCCCCUGUGUCAUCACCUCCAUGACAAACUUGCUUGUUUGCUCUACCACAAAGGUUAGGAACUAGUGAAAGUAGAAACCUGUGUCCCUUCUCUGUCAUGCUAACUGUCCUUGUGCCCUUACUCAUUCAUGAAAGACAAGAAAUGAAGGUUUGAAGGUGCAGUGGGAUCAACUUCAUAUCACUGCAUGAUUCAUGUUCAUGUAUCUCCUGCAUUCAGGAGAAGCGUUCCUGUCACCAUCGCUCCGGCUGUGUAAACCUGUGUUUGGUAGUCAGUCUAGGCAGACCUCAGUCUUAGGCUACAUGUUGAACAUUGAUUUUAUUUAUACAGCAAAUUCUGACACGUCCUGUACUUCAACCAGAUUGCAUCUUUGGUGUGGCCUCAUUCUUUCUGUUACUGUUUUAUAUUAAAUGAAUAACUGAUGACUGAA